GGACCUGCGGAUGGCCGAUGCCGCGCUCGGCGGCCCCGAGGCAGGCGAGGUGCCGAGGUGCCUGCUGCACCGCUUCCCGAGGUCCGUGCGCACUCACCAGCGCUUCCUCUUCAGCACCUGCGGGGACGUGCUGGCGACGGGGACAGACCACGGGGACAUCCUGUUCUAUUCCCUCUCGGAGCUGAAGGAACUCGGCCGCAUUGACGCGGCACACAGCCGGCCGUGCACGUCCGCCAUGCUGCACCCCUCGGGCGGCGCCCUCGUGAGCGCAUCGGGCGGCAGGCACUUCCCGGACUUUGGCGCGGACAGCGACGCCGAGGGCGCCGCGGGAGGCCCGCCGCCGAAGCGGCCGCGGCUGCCGGGCGUCGGCAGCGCGGCGCUGGACAACUCCGUGCGCGCCUGGCGGCUGAGGCCGCGCUCCGGCCGGCGCCGAGGGAGACGGCGACGGCGGCGACGACGACGAGGACGCCGACGGCGACGCCGUCGUCAGUGCCACGGCCCAGCCGGCGCCGAGG